AUGGAUCAGUUUUCCAUUGUUGACAUGAAUAUGGCCGAAUUCACCAGUUUCAGGCCAUGCUCAGAGAAAAUUCACUUCUCGGAUUACACUUAUCAUGUUUUCCUUAGCUUUAGAGGGCCUGAUGUCCGAAAGUCUCUUGUAGAUCAUCUCUUUGAAGCUUUCAAAGUCGCUGGAAUUCAUGCUUUUCUUGACAAUGAAAGACUUGAGAAAGGCAAGAUUAUUGCAAUGAGCCUGCAAAAGGCGAUCGAGAAUAGUGCCAUUCUCAUUCCAAUCUUUUCAAGUGGUUACGCAGAUUCUGCUUGGUGUUUGGAAGAGGUGAGGGAAAUGUGGAAGUACAGAUCCACAAGAUUAAUUAUCCCUCUCUUUUAUGGUGUCGAUCCCUCAGAUGUCCGCUAUCCUGAGAAGGAUAACGGUGCAUUUACAGAGGCAUUCAAGAGACAUUACAGUAAAGGUAGAUUUGGGUCUCACAUAAUUGACGAAUGGAAGGAUGCUCUUCAUAAUGUCUCCUCCCUGUCUGGAUGGUCUCUUGACAUGGCUGCAGGAAGAAUUCGAGUGGGCAUUUGGGGCAUCGGAGGCAUCGGUAAGACCACUCUGGCCGAUGCUAUUUUCAAUGAAGUCUCUUCCACCUUCCAAGCUUCUUGCUUUCUGUCAGACAUUAGGGGUGCUCAGGAGCGUGGUGGUAUUGUAGGAUUACAGACACAAAUGUUGAGAGAUUUGUCAAAAGUUGAUAUUAAAGUAAACGACAUCAACCAUGGCAAAUCCCUUCUGCAAUUUCAUCUGGGUUCCAUAUGUUCUCUUGUAAUCUUAGAUAAUGUUGACCAUUGGAAGCAGUUGGAUAGCUUUGCGUUAGAUUUCUGUGGACCAGGAAGCAGAGCAAUUGUAGCCACACGUGACUGUGGUACCCUCAAUUUAAGCAUGCCCAUUGAAAACAUUUACGAACUGCAAGGUCUUGAGCAAGAUGAAGCGUUAGAGUUAUUUAGCAGGCACGCAUUUCAGAAAGCAAACCCAGACGACUCCCACCGAGAACAAUCCACAAAGAUCAUCAAGGCUUCUGGCGGGGUUCCACUUACACUAGAGGUUCUGGGUGCAUUUUUAUUUGACAAAAAGAGCAGUGAUAGAUGCUGGAUUGAAGCAGUUAGAAUGCUUGAGAAUGUCACUUAUCCAGAGAUUUUUCAAACGUUGAAGAUCACUUAUGACUCUCUUCUGCCGUCGGAGAAAGACAUAUUGCUAGACAUUUCUUGCUUCUUCGUUGGCCAAGAUACAGAAGAGCCCGCUAUCUUCUGGGAAGAAUUGGGGUUAAAUGUUGACACAGCCAUUCACAAUCUUCAGCUUAAAUUGCUUAUAAAGAUUGAUAAAGACAAUAAGUUCAGAAUGCAUGAUCUUUUACGAGAUUUAGGGAGAGCUCUAGUAGCAGAUGAAUCUCCUGGAAAUCCUGGCAAGAGAAGCAGAUUGUAG